GUGCUUGGGCGUGAAGUGUACACCUCCAACAACCAGCUGGGUGGGAUCCAGAUCAUGCACAACAAUGGGGUGACCCACAGCACUGUGUGUGAUGACUUUGAAGGAGUCUACACCAUCCUGCAGUGGCUUUCCUACAUGCCAAAGAGCGUGUACAGCCCUGUUCCUAUCCUCAAAGUCAAGGAUCCUAUAGACAGAACCAUAGAGUUUGUUCCUACCAAGACCCCCUAUGACCCUCGCUGGCUGCUGGCUGGACGCCCAAAUCCAAGUCAAAAAGGACAGUGGCUAAGUGGUUUCUUUGACAAUGGCUCAUUCCUGGAGAUCAUGCAGCCCUGGGCACAGACAGUUGUGGUUGGCAGAGCAAGGUUGGGUGGAAUACCUGUGGGAGUAGUUGCUGUAGAGACGAGGACAGUGGAGCUCAGCAUCCCUGCAGAUCCUGCAAACCUGGACUCUGAGGCCAAGAUAAUCCAGCAGGCUGGUCAGGUUUGGUUCCCAGACUCUGCCUUUAAGACAGCACAGGCUAUCAAUGACUUCAACAGAGAAGGGCUGCCCCUCAUGGUCUUCGCUAACUGGAGAGGCUUCUCUGGUGGAAUGAAAGACAUGUACGACCAGGUGCUGAAGUUUGGUGCCUACAUCGUGGACGGGCUGCGGGAGUACCGGCAGCCGGUGCGGAUCUACAUCCCCCCGCAGGCGGAGCUGAGGGGCGGCUCCUGGGCUGUCAUCGACCCCACCAUCAACCCCCGGCACAUGGAGAUCUACGCAGACAGAGAGAGCAGAGGAGGGAUCCUGGAGCCCGAGGGGACGGUGGAGAUCAAGUUCCGCAGGAAGGAUCUGGUGAAGACCAUGCGGCGGGUGGACCCCGUGUACAUGCGCCUGGCAGAGCGCCUGGGUACCCCUGAGCUGAGCCCUGCUGACAGAAAAGAGCUGGAGACCAAGCUGAAGGAGAGGGAGGAGUUCCUCAUUCCCAUCUACCAGCAGGUGGCCAUGCAGUUCGCCGACCUGCACGACACGCCGGGCCGGAUGCAGGAGAAGGGGGUCAUAACUGACAUUCUAGACUGGAAAACUUCCCGUACCUUCUUCUACUGGAGGCUAAGACGCCUUCUUCUGGAAGAUGUGGUAAAAAAGAAGAUCCAUGAUGCCAACCCAGAGCUGACUGAUGGGCAGAUCCAGGCUAUGCUGAGGCGCUGGUUUGUGGAAGUUGAAGGGACAGUGAAGGCCUACCUGUGGGACAGUAACAAGGACCUGGUGGAGUGGCUGGAGAAGCAGCUGACGGAGGAGGAAG